AAGUUGAGGGAUCAAAGUGAGACUAGCCUCAAAAUAAAUAGUACUGGUCUUACAUUUUCCCAAAAUAGAGAGGCACAUUUUCGAUCUAGCCUUUUGUCUUCAACCCCUCGGUUUCCAACUCGUUCACUCCCUCCCGUUACUUCUUUGAGAAUUCAUCGAACCAGACUAAACACAGUUUGGGGGAGAAGAUGGGAAGCAGUAGCUCGAAGCAGAAUGUAGUCUCCGGUGGCAACAAACAAAUUUUUAUCUUAUCCGGUCAGAGCAAUAUGGCCGGACGAGGAGGCGUAACCCAAGGAAAGAAAUGGGACGGGAUUGUUCCACCUGAGUGCCGCCCUGAUCCUUGUAUCCUCCGAUUCAACGCCAAGCUGCAUUGGGAGGAGGCCCAUGAGCCCCUUCACUCCGAUAUCGACGCCAAGAAGACGUGCGGGGUCGGACCUGGGAUGUCCUUCGCCAAUGGGAUCCGGGCGCGUAAUUCGAGGGUAGGAGUGGUGGGUCUGGUACCGUGUGCGGUGGGAGGAACGGCGAUAAAGGAGUGGGAGAGAGGGAAGCACCUCUACGAUAACAUGGUGAGAAGGGCCAGAGAGUCCGUCAAAGGGGGCGGCCAGCUGAAGGCUCUGCUUUGGUACCAAGGGGAGAGCGAUACCUCCUCCCAACACGAUGCCGAUUCUUACAAAUCCAACAUGGAGAAAUUCAUCCUCGAUGUUCGUGCCGAUCUCCAAUCCCCGUCGCUUCCGGUCAUCCAGGUAGCGAUUGCAUCGGGAGACGGUCGAUUCAUAGAGAAGGUAAGAGAAGCGCAACUGGGAAUCAAACUACCCAAUGUUUACUGCGUUGAUGCGAAGGGAUUGACGCUGAAGGAAGAUAAUCUCCACCUAACGACGGAGGCCCAGGUCCUGCUGGGAAACAUGUUGGCUGAUACGUAUCUCACCCACUUCGCACCCAGCACUACUACUGAUUAGAUUAGAUCAUUAGAGUUAGACCUUUCACAUUAGGCUUUUGGGGUUUUACUGGUUCACUGAAGAUUUCCAAAUAACUACAGAUUAUUGAUUCUGGAGUGGUAGUAGUAGUCGUCGUCCUCUUUACUCUUUAUGCAAGAAUGGACAAAGGACAAUGGCAUUGGGGUCCACUACUUCACUUGAAGAAUUUGGCCAGUGAGGCCUUUGUGUCAAUCCCUCCUUCCACGAAGGAUGUAAGUUGUUGUUAGUUUCUUAUGUGUCUUGUGUGUACAUUAAUUAGCCAAUUUAGCUGUAUAAUUUGCAAUGUGGGCUUAAUCUUUACUCACGUCACGUAUAUCACAGCCGUUUGAAACGUAUCUUUCA